CCUAUUUCGUUUCGGGUUUCGGCUAUUUCCUCUGAAAUGUUAACGUUAAUUUUUACACCGUAAGCGAGUUUUACUUAUUAUGUCGGGCUUGUGAUAGUGUAUUUUGAAAUAAAACACGCGUUUUUCCUCAUCACGAUUCACUCUGUCUUAAAAAAACAGUAAAUACUGUAUUUUGGCCGCCAUCACUUAUUGCAAGAUUUAAAAAGAUGAAGAAAAUAUUAGAAACAUUAAAAGUUCAACUCAAAGGACCACUUCAAAAAUCCAGGCUAAUUUGGAAUCAGGAAGAUGUUGACGUAGAGAAUGAUAUUCAAGAUCUUAAAGAAAUAUUGAAUUGGAUAAAAAAUAAGUCUAUCAAAAUUAAAUCAAAUGAUGGCAGCAACACUGUUGUCAGCAACACAACUUGUGAAGAUCAGCAGAAAGAAGGGCCGAGGAGGAGGGGACGGCCACCUAAAACAUCAACCCUGUCCUCGGAGGCUCGAGUCAAAGCUGAGGCAAGGUCUGACAGUUCAGACUGUGUUUCUCUGAAUGAUUCUUCAGCAUCUACAUCGUCUAACAGGAGUCGAAGAGCUGCUGCCCAGGCUGCAGAACACAAGCUAGCCCAAGUUCAAAGCUUGGUUCAGCUGAAUACAAAAUUAAGAAGACCAACAAAUUUUGAUGACAAGCAGGCAAAGGCUGUGUCAUCUCCCCCUGCUAAGUGCCGCAGAACACAGAGAAAUCAAUCAGCUGGCAGCAGUAGCUCUCAAACAGAUGAUAUUAACUCUGUUGAAACUAACAAAAACAUAAUUGAAAAUGUUGGAAAUAGCGAAACUCAAAUUAAUAAACAUUGUUCUGUUUCCAUCGAAAAAAUAGACACACCAACCAUUGAAUCUCAUACUGGUCGUACAAGAUCUAGUAGAAGUUUAGACCGGGCUUCUAGAGAAAAGAGUGGAGAUUUGUUUGGUGAAAGUAAGCCUCCUAAUUCAGAUCCUUUACCCAAAUCAACUAAAAAGAAAUCUAUUUCAAAAAUAGAAGAAUUUCAGCUCCUAAAAACAAAUCUACCAAUUGCACAAAGUUCUCCUAUUUUAGUUGAACAAUGUGAUGAGGAAUUUAAAGGGUUUGAUGAGCAGAUUGCUAACAUUAAUUCGGAUAUACUAUCUGCUUGUGCUAAAGAAAUUAGUAAUGUUGUUGAUGAAAAAAGAGAGGAAACUCAAGUCUUAUCAAAGAGGACUAUUGAAAAACAAGAGAUCCAAGUAACUGAAAAAAUAGAUACUACUGUAACAAAGAGUAAAACAAAAAUAUUAAGGAGCCGGGAGACACGUACAAUUAUUAGUGUGGAAGAAAAAGAAAAUGUGAACAGAAAUAAUGAAACUCAUAUUAUUGCUAGCAAACCUGACUUAUCUCCAAACCUUCGAUCCCGAACUAAGGUUUUGAAAAAAUCAGCAGAUGAUGAAGUAAAUGAAGUUGAAAGAGUUGACUCGUCAUCUAGUCCAGAAAUCAAGGCCAAAUCUCGUGCUAAAACAUUUAACAAACACAAUGAACAUGGUCAGGAUAUAAAAUCUGAUGGUGAAAUUUCAGACCAGAAACCAAAGACAAAAACUUUAAAAAACAAAAACGAGAAAGGAAGCCAAUCUGAUUCUUCUGACACUGAAACAAGUGGUGUGAGAUCCAGAACCAAAACAAUCAGAAAGGGAAAAACAACUAAUCUAAACAAUGACCGCGAUCAAGACCAUUUGGUAUCUGAAUUAAAGAAUAAUCCGUUAACAAACAAAACUAACAGGGUUGUACCGCUAUCACCUGCUCCAGCUAAAGGGGAACUUGUCAAAAAGAGAAUUGAAGACUUUGAAAAGAUGCAAAAUGGAACUGAUGAAAGUGAAGAAGAAAUGGCAGUUGGAAGACUAACAAGAAAUACAAAGAAAAAUAUGCCUGUUGUAUCUGCCACUGAGGUCCAAAGCUCCAAACAAACUCGGAAUAUCGCAAUGGCCAAGCUGCAAGCUAGUGGUACCAAGCCUCCAAUGUCAUCAGAGAGAGCUCGGAUGACACCUCUCGGCUCCAACCUUAGAAUAACUCCUGGCUUAGAAUCUGCACACAAAACCCAGAUAAACAAAGGACUAGGCUCUUCUAACCGGCCAGAGCCAAGCAGUCUAAUACACAAGCAAGCUGCUGAAGAAACUGAAAGGAAGAGAAAGGAAGAAGAACGGUCAAAAAGGCAAGCUAAAGAGGAAGAAGCUAAACGAAAGAAAGAAAAGGUAUUGAAAGCAACAGCUGAGGAGACAAGGAGAAAACGAGAACAAAAAUUACAAAAAGUGGCUGCAACUCGAGAAGCAGCUGAAAAGGAAAAAGAACGAUUGGCAGCAAAGGCUGAAAAAGAAAAAGAAGAGAAAAUGAGGCAAAUAGCAAUUGAAAAAGAAAAACAGAAAGAAGAGCAACUAAAGAAGAAACAAUUGCAGCAACAAAAAUCUCAAGAACAUGAAGAAAGAAGGAGACAAGAAGAAGCUGCCCGUUUGGCCAAGCUGCAGGAACAGGAAGAAGAACAUAAAAGACAACAAGCCUUAAGAGAAAGAGAAUUAGAGUUACAAAAACAACAUAAAGCAGAACUAAGGUUAGCUGAAGCUGAGAAGCUGAAACUUCAAGGAGGAAAACUUGGCAAAAUAGCAGCGGUGAACAAUGCAAAGUUAAAAUUACAGCAAGGGACAACACCCUCAGAAAAGCCGAACUCAGCUCAGCCUUCAAACUGUUAUGAAAUAACUCCGGCCCGAGAAGAUCGACCUUUGCUGCCUCCCAAGAGUGAAAAUGAUUAUGGAAUUGAUGAUGCUCACAGUGGAGACUCGAGUGAUGAUGAAAGUCAGCCAAGAAAGAUGAUACCCUUAUGGGCUCAGUCCAAGAAUCGUGAACGGCUUUUAACAGUCAACAAAUACAUUCCCAAGAAGGCAUGGGAUCUUUUCAUGGAAUGUGAUCCGUGCCCUGACAUUAACAAGAUAUUUGCUGGCAACCCCAUCAAGAGGAGGAUUCGGACGUCAAGCGCGGUCUGGCGAACUCCUCCCAAGUAUUCUCGUAUCGCCCCCUGAGUAACCAAUAAACCACGACUCAUGUAACAUCCUUGAAGAAAAUACUUCGCACAUUAAAAGUUUUGCUACUCAUCUGUUUAUAGUAAAUCACUGAUAAACAAAAGUGUAUUAACAGUGUACUGUAUUUUUAUUUGCAACUUGUUUUAUGCAAUAAAGUUUUAGAUGUGAUAAUUGAA